CUAAUAAGGGAACUGCUCUCUCUUCAUCAGGAAACAUGGCUUCAGGUCCUGGAAUUCCUCCUCUUCCUCCCGGAUCUCCCUGCGCGCUCCCGCGCGGCUGGCACGUUGCUGCGCGGCCCCGCUGCCCGGCGCGGCCCCGUGGAGCGGCAGCAGCUCAGAUCUUCAGCCCGCCGGAGACUCACUGACCUCCGCCUGGAUCCCGGACUUCCAACCGCUCUCUCCGCUCUGCCCGCCGGACUGUGGGGAAUAAUUCAGCGGAAAGGAGAGGAGAGGUGCCCGGCCUCCUGUUUCUGGAGCUUUGGCGGAAGUUUGAACCCUUUUUCCCAGAACUGGAACCAUGAGGCAGAACCGGGCGGACAGCCGGAGCGCCGCCGGCUUCAGCCAGAGCAGCUAGCGGCCUUCAGUGAGCAGCAGGCGGCCAAAUCUCCCAAAGCCUCCAUGAGGGAUCAAACACACACUUUAUUCCACUUUCACUCACACUUCCUGGAUCAACACGCUCCUCCCGAGGCUUUCCUCCCAACACAGCAAGUUUUCUCGGUGGGAUAUGGAGCCGGACUCGGUACCCGGAGACCUGGACUCCCUCCAGGGCGGACUGAGUCUCCUGGAUCCUCUGGUGGACCGGAUCCUGGGGGACUCCGUGUCCCAGCAGCAGGGAUGGCUUCGGGUUUACGACGUGAAGGGUCCUCCUGCUCACCGCUUCUCCUGCGGUCAGAGUCCGUACACGAACGGAGCCGCCUGGGAGAGGAAGUUCUGCAUCCUGACGGACAGCCAGCUCAUCCUGCUCAACAAGGACGAGGAGGUUGCCGGCGAGUCACAGGAGGCCCCGACAGACUCCUCCAGGGCCCGGAGCCUCCGUAGGACCGUCAGCGUCCCCUCAGAGGGACAGUUCCCAGAGUUCCAGCCAGAGGGCGCUGCUAUGCUGGAAGUGUCUUCGGAGCGGUCUCCGAGAAGGAGGAGCAUUUCCGGUCUAGGCAGCUCGGAGAAGAACAUCGCGGUCGACAAUCCCAACUCCUCUCCUUUCAAAGUGCCGGGAUUCUUCAGCAAACGUCUCAAAGGCUCCAUCAAAAGGACCAAGAGUCAGACCAAACUGGACCGGAACACCAGCUUCAGACUGCCGUCGCUGCGCCCUGCUGAUGCAGACAGAUCUCGCGGGCUUCCUAAGCUGAAGGAGUCGAGCUCCCACGAGUCUCUGCUGAGUCCAGGCAGCGCGGUGGAGGCUCUGGACCUGAGCAUGGAGGAAGACGUGUUCAUCAAACCUCUGCACAGCAGCAUCCUGGGCCAGGAGUUCUGCUUCGAGGUGACCUACUCAGGUGGCAGCAAGUGUUUCAGCUGCACGUCGGCCUCAGAGAGAGACAAGUGGAUGGAGAACCUGAGGAGAACCAUUCAGCCCAACAAGGACAACUGUCGGCGAGCGGAGAACCUCCUGCGUCUGUGGAUCAUCGAAGCCAAAGAUCUGCCGCCCAAGAAGAAGUACUUCUGUGAGCUGUGUCUGGACGACGUUCUGUACGCCCGGACCACUACCAAGACCCGCCAGGACAGCCUGUUCUGGGGCGAGUACUUCGACUUCUCCAGCCUGCCCACCGUGCGCAGCAUCACGGUCCACAUCUACCGCGAUGUGGACAAGAAGAAGAAGAGGGACAAGAACAACUACGUGGGUCUGGUCAACAUCCCGGUGCCGAGCAUGACGGGCCGGCAGUUCGUGGAAAAGUGGUACCCGGUGAGCACGCCGACCGCCAGCAAGGCUAAAGGAGGCGGUCCUUCGAUCCGGAUCAAGUCGCGCUUCCAGACCAUCUCCAUCCUGCCCAUGGAGCAGUACAAGGAGUUCGCCGAGUUCAUCACCAACAACUACACCAUGCUGUGCUCCGUGCUGGAGCCCGUCAUCAGCGUGAAGAACAAGGAGGAGAUGGCGUGUGCGCUGGUGCACAUCCUGCAGAGCACCGGCCGGGCCAAGGACUUCCUGACUGACCUGGUGAUGUCGGAGGUGGAUCGCUGUGCCGACCAUGACGUCCUGAUCUUCAGGGAGAACACGCUGGCCACCAAGGCCAUCGAGGAGUAUCUGAAGCUGGUGGGACAGAAGUAUCUUCAUGAUGCUCUGGGUGAGUUCAUCAAGGCUCUGUACGAGUCGGAUGAGAACUGUGAGGUGGAUCCGGGUCGAUGCUCCGGCAGCGAUCUGUCCGAACAUCAGAGCAACCUGAAGAUGUGCUGCGAGCUGGCUUUCUGCAAGAUCAUCAACUCCUACUGCGUGUUCCCUCGGGAGCUGAAGGAAGUGUUUGCGUCGUGGAAGCAGCAGUGCGUCGCUCGCGGCCACACGCAGGACAUCAGCAAGCGUCUGAUUAGCGCCUCGCUCUUCCUGCGCUUCCUCUGCCCCGCCAUCAUGUCCCCGUCGCUCUUCAGUCUGAUGCAGGAAUACCCGGACGACAGGACGUCCAGAACCCUCACGCUCAUCGCUAAGGUCAUCCAGAACCUCGCCAAUUUCACCAAGUUCGGGAACAAGGAGGAGUACAUGGCCUUUAUGAACGACUUCCUGGAGCACGAGUGGGCCGGGAUGAUGCGUUUCCUGUCGGAAAUCUCCAACCCGGAGACUCUGUCCAACACGCCGGGCUUCGAGGGUUACAUCGACCUGGGCCGCGAGCUGUCGGUGCUGCACGCUCUGCUGUGGGAGGUCGUCUCUCAGCUCGACAAGGGUGAAAAUUCCUUCCUGCAGGCCACCGUAGCCAAGCUGGGCCCGCUGCCGAGGAUUCUGGGAGACAUCUCCCGCUGUCUGGCCACGCCCACGCCAAUCCAGCAGCAGCUGAGGCGUUUCCAGGACAACAGCCCCACCCACAACAUCAGCGGCAGCGUGUCGUCGGGGCUGCAGCGAAUCUUCGAGGACCCCGCCGACAGCCGCAGUGAGGUCUGCAGUCUUCAGUCUCCAGCCGGUGAGCUGAUGGAGGAUUAUGGUCGAAGCCAGCGCCCCCUGCUGGCUCAGCAGCAUCCCUCCGUCCACACCAGUUUCUCGGAUCAGGAGGAGCGGGACGGCCUGCUACCCAAUGGUCGCAGCGUCUCUCUGGUGGACCUUCAGGACUCUCAGAGCCUUCAUGGCCCCAUAGGGCCCCCAACACACCAUGAGGCCCCACCCCGUCUCAGCAGGGUGGGUUCUCAGGUCUCUGUUGGGCAUGGCCCGGCCCCGGUGACUUACCCCCACUCCAACCCGGUGACGCCCCAGCCGGCGCCGCACCAAUCCAAGGUUUCACCCAGAGACGGUCAGCCACAGAGUGCGCCGCAGGUGAGGCGACCCCUGCACCCCUCCGUCAGCCAGCAGCGCAGUCUGCAGCCGCUCUCCUUCCAGAACCCCGUCUACCACCUGAGCAACCCCGCCCACAGUCUGUCCACUUGCUCCGCCCACUCCCUGCGACAGGACUCCAGCUCCGAGAACUUGAGCACCGAGAGCUCGCAUAACAGCCACAGCAACUCGGACGACUUCGGCAGCCAAAUGGGGGGCAAAGGUCGCGUGCCGUCCAACAGCAGCCUGGACGAGGUCGGCAGCAGGCGUAGCACGCAGAGCGAGGAGUGCUCCACACCGCGCCGGCAUCCGCUGCCCGACCUGCCGCUGGGUGCCGCCACAGCGGUUGCCAUCCCUCGUCAGAGUUCCACUGCGGGCACCGCCCACAUCAUCAAAGUGGAGCAGCAGAGCAGAGGAGGGGGCGGAGCCAGGACACCUCGCUCUCAGCCUCAGAGCGCCUCGCUACGAAGCAGCAGCAGCGCCAACACUGAGCCAACGCCCUCCAACCGCCAGCCGUCCACAGGUCUGGUGGAGAACGUGGCUCCACCCUCUAGGAGUGCAACUAAUAAGCCACCACAGGUGGGAACGCCGGUGGAGGCGGCAGUGAUGUCUCCAGUGGAGAGGACUGCAGCGUGGGUCCUCAACAACGGCCAGUACGAAGAGGAGGAGGAGGGAGGAGAGCGGAGCAGAGCAGAGGGCCGGAACACGGAGAAGUACGAGCUGGAGAUCUCCCGGCUGAAGGAGCGCCUGCGGGUGUCUGGCCGCCGGCUGGAGGAGUACGAGCGCCGGCUCCUGACUCAGGAGCAGCAGAUGCAGAAACUCCUGCUGGAGUACAAGAACCGGCUGGAGGACAGUGAGGAGCGACUGAGGAGGCAGCAGGAGGAGAAGGAUGGCCAGAUGAAGAGCAUCAUCUGCAGGCUGAUGGCGGUGGAGGAGGAGCUAAAGAGGGACCACGCAGAGAUGCAGGCGGUGAUCGAAGCCAAGCAGAAGAUCAUUGACGCUCAGGAGAAGCGGAUCGGCUCCCUGGACGCGGCGAACUCGCGGCUGAUGGCGGCGCUGACGCAGGUGAAGGAGCGUUACGGCGCACCCAGCAUCCGCAACGGCCUGUCGCCAAGCAACCCCACCAAGCUGUCCAUCACUGAGAACGGAGAGUUUAAGAACAGCAGCUGCUGAUUGGCUCUCACAGAGUCAGAGGCGGGGCCUAAGACGAAACUCCGCCCACAUCUCUGCGAGGAGCUGUGGACUUUUAAAGAGACAGAACUGAUUUAUGGAUGUAGUCUGUAAAUACUGAAGGUUGUACAGAGUGUGUUUGUGAGUGUGUGGAAGCUCGUUUGCAGCGUCACAGAAGCACAGUGAGAAAGAAACCAGAACCAAAAACCCAGUCAGAACCUUUUCUAACCAACUUUUUAAAGGUUUUUAUUUCAAGCUUCUAGUUUUUGUUGAGUUUGAUUUUCUUUUAAUUUUCUUCUUUGACGUUCUGACUGAAUUGAGUUUUUUACCUGACGAGUUGUUGUGGGUUUUAAUUUAUUCCUCCUUGUUCUCGUCCCGUUGCUGAUCUACUGAACUGACCUCUGCAAGAGCAGGGUCAGAGGUCACACCUGUCCCAUGUUGAGAAUAAAACUGUCUGAAAGCA